AUAUUUUUACUGAGGACAGUUCUCAUGAGACUACAUCACAUAAUACCCGGGUUUUUGAUUUGACCUACUUUUCAAGGUCACAGGGGUCAAGUAGCGUAAAUUGACCAUCAGUGGUUUCCGGAACAUAUAUCCGUAACCAUAAAUGCUGGGCAUUUCAUCUCUGGGUGGUUUGAAGGUCUUAUGGUACCAUUGUGCGUUUUGGCAGUUUCGACAGUUUUCAACCUACACUUGGCCCCAGGGGGCGCUUCAUGCGAAAAACUACUUUCGGCUAUAUCUCAGGAAUUAUGCUAGCUAAAAUCAUGAUUUUUUUGGUAUGUGCGUUGGGGAUGACUAGAGGAAGGUUUCUUUUGAAAACCGGCUCGUUCUGAUUGUCAAUAUGCUCACAGGGCGGGGUGCUUGAAAUCGGUUUCCGUCAAUUUCGAGGAGAACCGUCUGAUUAAAUUCAUUUUUGGUAUGUAAGUUGAGGGUGACUAGAGCGAGGCUCCUUUCGAAAACAGGCGCGUUCCGAUUAUCAAUAUGGCCACUAGGGCGGCUUGCUUGAAAUCGGUUUCCGUCAAUUUCGAGGCGAACCGUUUGUCCGAUCAAAUUCAUUUUUGGUAUGUACGUUGGGGGUGACUAGAGCGAGGUUCCUUUCGAAAACAGGCUUGUUCUGAUUCUCAAUAUGGUCACCAGGGCAACGUGCUUGAAAUCGGUUUCCGUCAAUUUCAAGGAGAACGGCUUGGAGGAUGGAAUCAAUUUUUAGUGAGUGUAGGCCUAAUGCAGUUUUGUAAGGGGAAGGUUCCUUUCGAAAAUCAGCGCGAUUCGAAAUUCAGUAUGGCCGCAACGCUCACAUCCUCAAAAUAGGUUUCCACAAUUUGAAUUUCCAUAUGCAAACUAGCCACUCCACUAAGCCAACUUCACCAUUAUCUCACCUUCAACCUUAAUAGGCUGAGGGGUUAUGCUCGCUUUGCGAUGCUAUUUUUACAAUUUCCAUUCCGAUUGAUCCCACCCUUUGAAACUCUGCAGUUGUAAAAUCUGAACUUGCAGCCUAAACGGUUAAGAAGGAGCCAGAUUGUAAGUUACCCAAAGUAUACAAUUGGCAUUUUUUAUUAUUGAAGAAGGUAUAUGGUCACAAAGUCAUACAAGACUCAGUUCCCUUGCUGCACUUAGGCCUAUUCAUCCCCUGAAGACUGCCCCAUAGCUCCUAUAUAUAUAUUUGUAGUCCCCCUUUAAUUUUAAAGGGACAAUAUAGGUAGCAGCUCGGCAGGCAAGAUAAAGUUACACAAAGUCCCCAAUAGGGGUCUCUCACAUCUCACUGUACGCCGAAAUGAUUCACACUUGUACGAGGAAUACAUUUAGUGCUGAAUCUGACGUGACCCAGGGCCCUUACUGUGUAUAUUCAAUAGUCACCUGAAGAUGGCCAAAUUAGCCCCUCUGCUCCUGCCUAUAGUCCCCCUUUAAACCUGAUUCGACGUGAGAAUACAUUGUAUAUAUAAAAAAUGUUUUUCGGUAAGUGUUGAAGUGGGCUGAAUAGCAGACCUAACAAUCAAACUGAGAUGAAUUCUCAUCAUUUGCAAGACCGAUGCGUGGAAGAUCUGGGAUGAAAGAACCAUGCAGCGGAGUUGUGUAGGGCAGAGACAUGUAUUCAUUCACUGGCGGAAGUGUGGCACUGGCACAUAGUCCGUACUGAACUGUGAGGCUGUGGUAAAUACAUGACUGUGAUGGCUGAAAGUGGAUUUAUUCUUCAAUCUUUGGUGGAUUCUUAAUCUACAGAGCCAGGCCAUAACAGGGAUAUACUUUUUGAUAAUUGAUUUAAGGAAAUAUUGUGUCACUGGCCAGUUUAGAACUUGUGUUCUAAUAGGCCCAUAUCAGUCCGCAAGUGACGAUUUGAUGGCAAUGCUGUACACAAAUGAAUUUUUCUCAGGCAAUCGGUAUUGGAAUGUUUUGAAUUUUUACUAUUAUUUUGAUAAAAGCCUCUUCAUAACACAUAUAAAAUUUGGUGGGAAUUAAAGCACCCUUGGUGUACUUUUUUCACCAACCUAUGUUCAUUAAAAUGUACACAGAAUGUACACACUGGCUAAUAGAGGUCUCUGGCCUAGUAAGGCCUCUAGUUUCUUGAUUACGUGAACUGAGUUGGAUUAGGAGUUGGACCAUCCAGUGUCGAGAUGGACAUCCGUACCUUCCACUUGGACAGCAUCCCAUAACUCCUACCAAAGUCCACUUGGGCAGUUUUUAAUCACCUGGCGACUGUCCACAACAGGUGGUCACUGCAUAAUAAUAAAUGACAUCAUAUGGCUAGGCUUAUGCUGUUCCUGUACAUAAUUGGCCUUGAGAAUGUAUGCACGCCAACUCCGUCGAACUUGCAAUAAGCGAGUGCCGCGGGAAAUCAGAAUAGGCCUAGAUUUUUAUUUAUACAUGGUCUGGGCAGCAAUGGGGCAUGAUCUCUUAUCUAACAUUCAAGCCUGUGGGUGAAUAGGUCUAGGCAUCAAUUUCAUUAGAGGAUGAGUGUUGUUCCCUCAACACCAAAGCCCUUUCAAAAAGGAUUGUUACGUCACAAUGGCCUUACUUUAUUAUUCGCCUUAACCAUGUAUAAAUAAAAACCUAGGCCUAUUCUGAUUUCCCAUGAUGCUCGCUUAUUGCAAGUUCUACAGUAUACUAGAAAUACAGAUAGGCCUACUUUGGGGCUGAUGACAUGCAAUUGUAAAGGACUGACCAAAUUAAUAGUAACACAUGGUGAUUUAAAUAAUUAGAUAAGAUACAGAGCAGGACUCUAUUACAUAAGCAUUGGUAAUUGAAUCAGUUGAGUCAUUCACAUAAUUGUGGUUAUGGAUUACAUGCCAACCAAAAUCCUACCACAAGUACCACAUCUGUACUGCAGCUACAUACCUUCACAAAAGUGAGAUGUUUGUGAUUGAAAUGAUGAGAUAUCUGCAGAGUUUCAGUUGGACUCAGAUGCUACCCUGCUUCAUCAUUCUCUUCAUCUCCUGGCUGGUUUAUGACCUGAUUAUCAAGCCACUGACCCAUCCAUUAGUGAGACAGGUAAGGCACCAUCUCCUGGUCGGUUUAUGCCCUGCUCAUCAAGUCACUGUCCCAUUCAUUAUUAGUGAGGCAGGUGAGGGACCAACUCCUUACCAGUUUAUGCCCUGAUCAUCAAGCGACUGUCCCAUCCUCUAGUGAGGCAGGUAUGGGACCAUCUCCUUGCUGGUUUAUGCCCUGAUCAUGAAUAUGCCCCGCUCAUCAAGUCGCUGUCGCAUUCAUUAGCGAGGCAGGUAUGGGACCAUCUCCUUGCUGGUUUAUGCCCUGAUCAUGAAUAUGCCCUGCUCAUCAAGUCACUGUCCCAUUCAUUAGUGAGGCAGGUAUGGGUCCAUCUCCUUGCUGGUUUAUGCCCUGAUCAUGAAUAUGCCCUGCUCAUCAAGUCACUGUCCCAUUCAUUAUUAGUGAGGCAGGUAUGGGUCCAUCUCCUUGCUGGUUUAUGCCCUGAUCAUGAAUAAGCCCUGCUCAUCAAGUCACUAUCCCAUUCAUUGGUGAGGCAGGUAUGGGUCCAUCUCCUUGCUGGUUUAUGCCCUGAUUAUGAAUAUGCCCUGCUCAUCAAGUUACUGUCCCAUUCAUCAGUGAGGCAGGUAUGGGACCAUCUCCUUGCUGGUUUAUGCCCUGAUCAUGAAUAUACCCUGCUCAUCAAGUCGCUGUCCUAUUCAUUAGCGAGGCAGGUAUGGAACCAUCUUCUUGCUGGUUUAUGCCCUGAUCGUGAAUAUGCCCUGCUCAUCAAGUCAUUGUCCCAUUCAUUAGCGAGGCAGGUAUGGGACCAUCUCCUUGUUGGUUUAUGCCCUGAUCAUGAAUAUGCCCUGCUCAUCAAGUCGCCUUCCCAUUCAUUAAUGAGGCUGGUAUGGGACCAUCUCCUGGCUGGUUUAUGCCCUGAUCAUGAAUAUGCCCUGCUCAUCAAGUCGCUGUCCCAUUCAUUAGUGAGGCAGGUAUGGGACCAUCUCCUUGUUGGUUUAUGCCCUGAUCAUGAAUAUGCCCUUCUCAUCAAGUCACUGUCCUAUUCAUUAGUGAGGCAGGUAUGGGUCCAUCUCCUUGCUGGUUUAUGCCCUGCUCAUCAAGUCACUGUCCCAUUCAUUAGUGAGGCAGGUAUGGGUCCAUCUCCUUGCUGGUUUAGGCCCUGAUCAUCGAGCGACUGUCCCAUCCUUCAGUGAGACAGGUAUGGGAUCAUUCCAUUGCUGGUUUAUGCCCCGAUCAUCAAUGAGACAGGUAAGGGAGAGUUGGGUAGAAAGAUGACGUUUUUAGAUACCUCAAAUUGAAAGGUCAUCUGAUGACAACAAUGAUUCAUUUUACGAGUAUUUAUGGCAUGAUGAUAUGUGGAAUUGUUUUUCCUAAUAAUAUUGUGACGACGACAACGACAACAACAACAACAACAACAACAACAACAACAGUUGCAGUAUGUCAUGUAUCAUUCUCAUGUACCCACUUCAUCGAUUAAAAUUGUGUCUCUUGAUAAAUCUUUUAUUUAGCUUUCUGACAAAAAGAUGAUGAAAACUUUCUGUUUCAGCUACGUGGCCCAAGAUUCAAUCCUUUUUUGGGAAAUAUGGGAGAACUUUAUAUUCAAAGUGAGAUAGUUCCUAUUGGUGUAAGAUGGGCAAAUGAGUAUGGCCACAUGGUGCGAUAUUUCAUGCUCCUCGGAGAUGUCCGACUGAUGUUAUUUAGCCCUGACGCCUUCAAGCACGUCUUGGUCACCAACAGUAAAAAUUAUGGCAAAGAUAAAUAUGUUAUGAGCCCUUUCAGCCCUAUAAGGCGUGUGCUGGGCAAUGGCUUGGUGACCUCAGAGGGAAGUGUCCAUGCCGCGCAUAGGAAGUUGGCUAAUCCAGCCUUUGGAACUGCUGCCAAUAAAAAAAUGCUGCCAAAAUUGUCAAAGAAAGCAGUUGAGCUUUGUCGUUUCUGGGAUGAUCAAUUGAGAAACUGUACUGAUGAAGAAUGUAAGAUGAAGUUUAACAUCCAUGGAGACUUCAGGAGAAUAACGCUGGAUGCGAUUGGCGAAUGUGCCAUGAGUUAUGAUUUCAACUCUCUCCGCUUUCCUGAUCAUGAAAUAUCUGAGGCAUUCCAUGACAUUUCUAACUGUCUUAGUCUUGGGUUAGACCUAUUUCUUCCAAAAUGGCACUUGUGGCCAACGAAGCGAAACCGUACGAUCAAUAAAUACAUGAAGAUCAUCGAUGGCAUGGUGAAGACUAUCAUAAGAGAGAAGGAAGAGAAAUUUGCUGCUGCUGAUGAAGAUGACCUGGAUUCCCUGCAGGAGGAUCUUCUGGCCAUGUUGAUGUCAGCCCGAGAUGAUGGCAGUGGGCGACACCUGUCUGAUGAAGAACUCAAGGACCACAUCAUCACAUUUGUAGCAGCCGGUCACGAGACCAUCACCGAUGCGCUUACCUGGUUGUUCCUUCACCUUGCUCAAAAUCCAGAGAUUCAAGAAAAGUUACGCAAAGAAGUUGUGACAAAUUUACCAGACGAUGUAGGUGAUAUCUCCAUGGAAACCAUUGAUAAGAUGGAGUAUCUAAAUGCAGUCGUCAAGGAAACGCUAAGGUUUUCACCCCCAGUUCCAGUUGUUAUGCGGACAUGUUACAACGAUGAUAACAUCUGCGGCCAAGCCGUGCCUGCUGGGACAUACUUACUCUUACACAUGGGGGCCAUGAUGAGAAUGCCUGAAUAUUGGGAUGAUCCUGAGACCUUCAAACCAGAACGUUUCAUCAACAACAACGACAACAUCAACCCAUACUCCUGGGUUCCGUUCGUCCUCGGCAACCGGAUGUGUAUCGGCUACCGAUUUGCACUGCUCGAGAUGAAAGUCAUGACUGCGAUACUCGUGAAGCGAUUUAAAUUUUCCUGGGUACCAGGUUUCACGUACCGCACUAAGUUGGCGAUUACAAUGCGACCUGACCCUCCAUUAGAGUUAUUCGUUGAGCCAGCGUAGCUCUGCUAUUAGCUGGUAGCUCAUCUAGAUCAGUAGCUAUGACAUUUCAACAUUCGUUAUACUUUCAAUUAUUUGUUAGAAUGAAUCGUAACAGGUCAAUAUCACCUUUUUGCCCGAAGAAGAAGCACUGUAUCUCGUUAUAUCAUUCAGAUUGCACAUCUUGGCUUUCCUCACACUAACCUUUUUCUUCAAAGUUUUUCCCUAGCCAACACGGAAAACCUCCACAAGUAAUUUGUGUCAGUUUAUCUACAUUAUUGAUCUGGUGAUAUGACAUCCCUUCCAAACCAAACCUAUCACUUCCAAACCAAACCUAUCAUUUCCAAACCAAACCUAUCACUUCCAAACCAAACAUAUCACUUCCAAACCAAACCUAUCCCUUCUAAACCAAACCUAUCACUUCCAAACCAAACCUAUCCCUUCCAAACCAAACCUAUCACUUCCAAACCAAACCUAUCACUUCCAAACCAAACCCAUCACUUCCAAACCAAACCCAUCACUUCCAAACCAAACCCAUCACUUCCAAACCAAACCCAUCACUUCCAAACCAAACCCAUCACUUCCAAACAAACCUAUCACUUCUAAACCAAAGACAAGUGUGUGGUAAAACCGUCUGUGCACAGAUGGUCACUAGAUAUCUCAACUUGGAUCAGAAAAAUUUGUUUGUUAGUUUGUUACAGAAGAUUAUAUUGGAGA